AUGACUGCACACAUAGGCGGCCUGUCAACUGCCGUCGUCGCUGUCAUCGCAGUGGGCGGAGUGGCCGUGCUUUUAGCUGCUAUCACCAUCAGUGCAUGGUGUUGCGACCUUCCGGCCAAAAGACGCCGCCGUAAGGCCAUCAAGAAUGGAGGAAGGAUAAGCCCAGACAUGGACGAGGUCGACGUGGAGAAGAACGAACCAAUCGUCUCAAUGACCGCAGUCGACAGUCAGGUCAGACAGAUUAGCAAGAGCGGUCAAGACACAGGCGCUCCUUCGCCAGUGUGCCGAUGCUAA